AUGAGCGACAUGGAAGCUACGAUGAAGGAAUUGGGCCUGAAAGAAGAUGAUCUGGAGGAUGUUGUGGUUCAGGAUGGCGACAUACCAGAGGAAGCGGCGCGGUGGAUGGCGAUCGCGCGGGUGCACAUUGAUAAGCCGUACAGUCAGUAUUGGUUUUUUCGUAACAUGCGGGUUGCAUGGGAUCUAGCACAAGAAGUCAAGUUCCGCCCUCUAGAAGACAACCUCUAUACUCUGCAAUUCUCCUGCCUGGGUGAUUGGGAGAGAGUCAUGGAGGACGGCCCCUGGACAUACAAAGGAAAAGCUGUCGUAAUCAAGCCCUAUGAUGGUUUCACCAGACCAUCGUCUAUUGUUCCUAACAAGAUUGAGAUGUGGAUCCAGAUCCAUGAUCUCCCUGAACUGUUCUUCCACUUGAUUAAAUCGCUAGCAGCUACUGUUGGUGACUUCAUAUUUGCUGAGCCCAAAUUGCAGGACUUUGAGGGGAACUUUUUUAGGGUUCGGGUGAAAGUGGAUGUCACAAAGCCGCUCAAGAAUGCAGUAUCGCUGGUGAUCAAGAAGAGGAGAGAGAUAUUCAGGGUGAAAUAUGAGAGGCUUCCAGAUUGGUGUGAUGUCUGUGGUAUGCUAGGCCAUCAGUUCAAAGAGUGUGGCGAUGGGAUCCAUCCCCAAUCUGCGCUUGUGUUCAAAAAUCUGAAAGCUGUCUGGUUCAGGAGCCCAGGCCGUGGACCAGGUGCUGCAAGAGGCUUUGAAGGUGGUCGAGGGAGAGGACUUGGAGAAAUCGAGGGGAGGAAGAAGUCAACCGUUCGGUCCCGCGAUCUGGAUCAGGCCGGCUCGAGGCUCGCCGGAGACGGAGGGGAAGAGGGAGACGGUGGCCGUGGUGGAGGAGCUCGGAGGAGGGAGGCGGCGACCGGACGGGCGGCGCCGGAGUCGGGGCCGGGCGGCGGCGCACAGGGCGACGGGGCGCGGUCGCCGGCGACGGGCGCGGGCGGCCGGCGGAGUUCGGCGGGCGGCGGAGCCGAGGCGGAGGACGGCGGGCGGGCGGCGAGGCGUAGGACGGCGGCGGCAGCGGCGUCCCGGGCCGGGAGGGCCCCGCGCGGGCCACGACGGGCCGGCGUGCGGGCGCGCAGGCGAAGUGGGUGCAGCGGCUCGGCGAAUCAGGAGCCGCCAUGUGGCGCGGUGAGGGCGGCGGACAUGUCCGGCCGGCUGAGGAAGAAACGUACGUACACCAGGGUGCGCUUGGACUGGAGCGUGGCUAAUCCUGCAUGGGCUUUGGCCUUCCCAGAUGCAUCCCUUGAGCAUCUCACCGCAGCUACUUCUGAUCACGUCCCGUUGUUGCUUCGGCUUCAAGCAAUGCAUGCAUGCAGAAGGGGACCACGGCCGUUUAAAUACGAGUUGUGUUGGGAGCGCGACCCAACACUGGAGACAGUGGUGCAUGCGGGGUGGAAUCAGCAUCCUGGGGAUUCGGUGGACCAGGUGAAGGCUAAACUCCAAAUACUGUCGGGCGACCUGUCGACGUGGGAUCGGCAACAUUUUGGAAGCGUGUGCAGAGAGAUAGCCGAAUUAAAAAAGGAACUACAGGUAUUGCGAGAAUUCCCAGGAAGAUCUGGUCCCUCUCGACAGGAGACAAAAAUCUGCGAUCGCCUGAUCGAGUUGUUUCAUCGCAAGGAGAUCUUGUGGAGGCAGCGAGCUAGGAUUGAUUGGCUCAUGCAUGGCGACAAAAAUACUUAUUUCUUCCACAUGAGAGCGAGUAGGCGUCGGCGGAAAAACCAAAUUAAAUCCUUGCAGCGAGCUGAUGGGGAGGUAACGGAGAAUGAACCGGAGAUGGAAAACAUGACGACCUCCUUUUACAAGGACUUGUACACGACGGAAGGGGUUGGUGAUAUGGCACAGGUGCUAGAAACAGUGCCAUGCAAGGUUACGCAUGCAAUGAACGCCUCGUUGAAUGCCCCAUAUAGCCCGGAAGAAGUUAAGACUGCCCUUUUUCAAAUGUUUCCCACCAAGGCACCGGGACCAGAUGGCUUUCCUGCUCACUUCUUUCAGAGGCAUUGGGAGACGUGCGGAGACAAAAUCACCAAAGUCGUUCUUAAAAUUGUUGAGGGCACAGAAUCUGCAGCAUGUAUCAAUGAGACAGUCUUGGUGCUAAUCCCUAAGGUAAAAAACCCAACCCUCUUGAGCCAGUUCCGCCCCAUCAGCUUAUGUAAUGUUCUUUACAAAAUAGCGUCCAAAGUGAUCUCUAACAGGCUGAAGGUGAUACUACCUGACAUUAUAUCUGAGGAACAAUCUGCCUUUGUCCCUGGUAGACUUAUAACUGACAACAUCAUCACUGCCUACGAGUGCCUACACUUUAUGAAAAGAAAUAAAGUUAAAAAGCACCAGGCAUUUGCUCUGAAGCUAGACAUGAUGAAGGCUUAUGACAGGGUGGAGUGGCCAUACCUGAAAGCAAUCAUGGUGAAACUAGGGUUCACUGAGAGGUGGGUGGACAUAGUUAUGGGACUGGUUACCACUGUUAAGUUUUCUGUCAUGUUUAAUGGGAAAAGAUUGGAGGAAUUCGAACCUUCGCGAGGAAUCAGACAAGGGGACCCAAUAUCUCCGUACUUGUUCUUGCUAGCAGCAGAGGGCCUGUCGUGCCUGUUAAAAUCAAAGAGUGAGUCAUCCAAUCUGGGUGGUGUGCAAGUGGCUCCUACGGCGCCGCCAGUUAGCCAUCUAUUAUUCGCUGAUGACAGCCUGCUGUUCUGUAAGGCAAAUUGUGCGGGAGCUAAUGAGGUGAACCUAGUAUUGAAUACAUACUGCCAAGCAUCCGGUCAGCGAGUGAACUUUGCAAAAUCAUCAAUCUUCUUUAGCAAGGGAGUGCCGGAAGCUACGAGGACAGAAAUAAAAGGUUUACUCAAUAUUCCCAAUGAAACUUUAAAUGAGAAGUAUCUAGGGAUGCCGUCAAAUAUUGGGAGUUCGAAGAAUGGGGCCUUCAAAUACCUCAAGGAUCGUUUAUGGAGUAAGGUACAGGGCUGGGUGGAAAACACCAUGUCAUCCGCAGGCAAGGAGGUUUUGGUGAAAUCAGUUGCCCAGUCCAUACCUGUAUUCUCAAUGUCAUGCUUUAAACUUCCAAGGGGAUUAUGUGAACACCUUAAUAUGCUUAUUAGGAAGUUCUGGUGGGGGGGCAAAGAUGGCAAAAGGAAACCUCACUGGGUAUCUUGGAAAAGUAUGACACAGCCGAAGGGAAUGGGAGGACUAGGGUUCAAAGAUUUUGAACUCUUUAAUAUGGCGAUGCUGGCAAGACAGGCUUGGAGAUUACUCCAAACACCAGAGUCCCUCAGUGCACGCUUGUUGAAGAGCAUAUACUUCCCUGAUUCUACCAUCUUGGAGGCGACCUUGGGAAACCAUCCCAGUCAGAUAUGGCGAGCCAUCAUCGAAGGCAGAGAUACACUCAAACAAGGUCUCAUCCGUAGAAUUGGCAAUGGUCAAUCUACUCGUAUUUGGGAGGAUCCGUGGCUGCCAAGAGAUGAGAUGUUACGGCCAUAUGGGAGCAUUCACCCCAAUCCGCCAACCUUGGUUUCGGAACUGAUCGAUCACACUAGCGCUUCGUGGAACAGCCAGCUAAUCAACCAAGUGUUUAUGCCCAUGGAUGCUUGUACCAUUAUGGGGAUCCCGGUGUGCACUCGCAAUCUCCAUGACUUCUGGAGCUGGAACUUUGAAACGAGUGGCAACUUCACAGUCAAAUCUGCUUACCGCAUGCUUGUAGCGACAAGACAGCGCCGGGAGGCAUGGCUUGAGGGCACUGCUGGAACAUCAAACAGCACGUCGGAGGAGGGGGCUUGGAAAAUGUUGUGGAAGACCCAGGUUCCUGCAAAGGUCAGAAUGUUUCUAUGGCGUUUAUCAAAGCACUCUCUCCCAACGGAGGACGUCAGGGCUCAUCGACAUAUGGCAGAUAACGCUUCUUGCGGUUUAUGUGGCUCGGCUGAUUCGUGGAGACACUCUCUGGUUAACUGCACUAGCUCAAGAUGUGUGUGGGCUUUAGUUGAUGAGGAGCUAGCACAAAACCUAGUCUCAACCACGGAACCCAACGCCAAGCAGUGGCUCUUCACCUUCAUGCACUCGCUAUCACAUGAUCAGUUUGUAUUGCUUGCGGUCACUCUCUGGGCGAUCUGGACAGCGCGGCGCAAGGCUAUUCAUGAAGGAAUAUUCCAAUCGCCUCAGGCAACUAACAACUUUGUCAGACGCUUCAUAGCUGAACUAAACAUGAUUAAAGUGGAAAGGCCUAUGAGGGGAGGAGCUCAAUCUAUGGGCCUGUCACGAGCUGCACGCCCCAAAGCUCCCCUGAUCGGCUACGCCAAGAUUCAUGUGGACGCGGGAGUAAGAGCAAGGAAAGGUGGAUCAGCAGCUGCUGUAUGCCGGGACAGGCAAGGCAAUUUCCUAGGCAGCUCCGCGUUGGUGAUCGCCGGUCUAGAGGACCCAGCCAUACUAGAGACUAUCGCUUGCAGAGAGGCUUUGGCGCUGGCGGAAGACCUUAAUCUGCAUAAUUUUGUCGUUGCAUCUAGUGGCUGA